AUGAAGGGAAUCCAAAGUCUGAAAGCUUCUGGGUUGGCCCUGCUCCUGGUGGUUUCAUUCAUCUCCCUCUCCUGUUGUGCUCCCCAGAGACUUUUUGAAAAAAGGAACUGGACUCCUCAAGCUAUCCUCUACCUCAAGGGGACUCAAGGUCGUCAAUUCAUCUCAGAGGAGAGCCAGAGGAAAGAUCUCUACAACAGACUACAGCUGGAAAAGCGCAGCCAAAGUCUAAACCCGAUGCCUAUUUCUGAAGCUGUCGCCAUGUUCUUUGAGUUCCUUCAGAAACCACCGGAAGAAGCUAGAGAGGUAAACCUUGAUCAAUCAAGAUUCUUGGAAGAUGAUCUAUUAAACUGGAGAAAAUGA